UCUGCUGAUGAGCCCUGACCCUGCAGCUAUGGGAGAGGAGCCCCAGCCCUGAGAUUUUCAAGUGUUUCCAUUUGGUGAUCAACACAGAACACAGAAGAUUCACCAUGGAGUUUGGGCUGAGCUGUGUUUUCCUUGUUGCUAUUUUAAAAGGUGUCCAGUGUGAGGUGCAGCUGGUGGAGUCUGGGGGAGACUUGGCCCAGCCUGGGGGGUCCCUGAGACUCUCCUGUGCAGCCUCUGGAUUCACCUUCAGCAGCUAUGGCAUGAACUGGGUUCGCCAGGCUCCAGGGAAGGGGCUGGAGUGGGUGGCAGUUAUAUGGUAUGAUGGAAGUAAGAAAUACUAUGCAGACUCCGUGAAGGAUCGAUUCACCAUCUCCAGAGACAAUUCCAAGAACAUGCUAUACCUUCAAAUGAACAGCCUGAGAGCUGAGGACACGGCUGUGUAUUACUGUGUGAAAGACACAGUGAGGGGAAGUCAGCGUGAGCCCGGACACAAACCUCCUGCAGGAACUCUGGGGGAAUCAGCUGCAGGGGGUGCUCAGGACCCACUGAUCAGAGUCAACCCCAGAGGCAGGUGCAGAUGGAGGCUGAUUUCUUGUCAGGAUGAAGAUGUUAUUUCCCUGUGGUCCAGGCCUGAAUCCCUUUCCCUGGAGCUCAGGUUUGACAAGCUGCAGAUAGACACAUCACUUUCCUGUGACAUGUACAGUAUGACAAUUUUCGGGGAUGGCUGGAAACAUCCAAUAUCCUCAGGGCUUGGCAUCAUGGACAUCAGUGUUGAAGUCUGUUCUGUGUCCACCAGAGACUUCAGAUCCUCCAGUGACACCUUGUUUUGCUUUCCUGCUUGGCUUUGCCUCUCCACCUUGUUCUCUCCUCGAGAGAAUCAGUUUCAGCUCCUUCAGGUGGGUUAA